UUGCGCAUGCGCAAAUGUCAACAAGUCAAAUGAGCUUGACAUGUCAAAAAUAUUAUGUACAAGUCUUCUUGAUUAUGUAUUUUGUAGUAUUUUGCAUAUAUGAAAAUAUUUUAUAAUAAAUUUCUUUUAAAGAAAUAGAAAGAGUUACAGUGAUUAAUUCACUGCUUUCUAAAUAAUUAAUACUUGGAUUAUUCAUUUAAUUUGAUCUAGUAAAAAUAUUGUUUUUAAUUCGUAUAGGAGGGGUAAAUAUGAAAAAAAAAUAAAUUGUCUAAUAACGAUGUUUCAAUGACUUGGUUCGACAUCCUCAAGGCUUAUAAUUAAUUAGAUAUAAUUAACAACACCAAAGAAAUAUAUAAAAGAGACGAAAAUUAAAAGUAAUUUUACCAAAAUGAAUUUACAAACAGUUGCGUUUACACCCUUCAAUGAUGAUUUACUAAAAACACCACAAGCAUUCGCUCAACAAUGUAAAGUUGUUUAUAAAAGAAAUCAUAUGAUUCCAUUGUGUUUAAAGUAUGAGAUAUUGCAACGUAUGAAAAAUGGAGCAACAUUGACAAAUCUCUCUAAAGAAUAUAAUAUACCACGAUCAACAAUUGGACGUAUUCGUAAAAUGGAAGGUGAAUUGGAAAAAUUUUGCCAUGAGAAAGAGCACAUUAAUGGAAUGUCAAAACGAAAACGUUUACAGGGUAAAAAAGGUGAUAUUGGUCUUGAUUCUUGUAUGGAAAUUUGGUAUCAACAAAAUUAUUAUCUUGGCAAUUUAAUUUCUGGUAAAAUGUUACAAGAGAAAGCACUUGAAUUUAAUGUGAAAUUAAAUGGUCCAAAGACAUUUAAAGCAAGUAAUGGUUGGUUACAAAGUUUUAAAACACGUUGCGGUAUUAAAAAACAACAUCGACAAGAUGAGAAACGUUCGAUAAAUAGUGGCACGGCAUGUGAAUUUCAAACAAAAUUUUCACAAGCACUUAAAAAUGAUAAAUAUCCAUUGGACAAUAUUUAUAGUGCCGAUGAAAAUAUUCUUUGGUGGAAGACAUUUCCAAAAAAAAGUACCUAUGAGAGAAAUGCGCCUAAAGUAACAUUAGUCAUUUGUGCAAACGCAACGGGAAGUCAUAAAAUUCCAUUAAUGAUAAUUGGACGAUCGAAAAUUCCAUGGAGUUUAAAAACAGCUGACAAAUUACCAAUAAAAUAUAAAGCACAAGAAAGUUCAUGGAUUGAUAUGGGAGUUUUUACCGAUUGGCUAAAAACAAUAUUUGUUCCAUCAGUGAAAAAACGUCAACAACAAGACGGUAAAUCAGGAUCAAUUGUUUUACUUCUCGAUUCAGCGGCAUGUCGUUAUGUAUCCGAGACAAAUCUCACGUUAAGUGGAAUUUUAUUAAAAUUAGUUUUACUACCAAUGAAUUUAACGUCCGAUGUUUUGCCAAUGAAUCAGGGUAUUAUUGAAAAAUUGAAAAUCAUUUAUCGGCAAAAUUUUCUCAAAGAAGUUUUACAACGUGGAAUUAAAGCCGAUAUUGAGAGUGUUAAUGAAUUUUUAAAAACAUGGAAUUUAAGGGACAGUUGUCAUAUUUUAAAAAGUGCAUGGGAAAGUGUUUCAUCGACAAUUCUCAUUCAAUCGUGGCGAAAAGUUUGUACUGAAGAUAUGUUUGAGGAACAAAUGGAAAUUGAAUGCGAUCCACACGAUACGCAUGAUAAGCCUGAAUUAUUAAAUUUAUUGAAACGAAUUCCCGGGUAUGAGGAUUGUAAUGAAAAUGAUACGAAUAAUUGGUUGGAUGAUGAUUCCAGUGAAUAUGAUGAUGACGAUGAAAAAGAAAGUGAUUGUGCAAUAAUAGUGAAGGGGAAAAAAAAUUCAUUACCCACUGAAAUAAUUAAAGAUGUUGACAAUUCAAAAUCUGAGUUGAGGGAAAAUAAUAUUUCAACAGUUGAUGCUAUUGCGAGUUUAGAAAAUGUUAUUAGGUGGAUGAAUCAUCAGGAUGAUUUAAAAAAUGAUAUUUUCUAUGUUACUGAAUUGUGUGAAAAAAUUAAGAAAAAAUUAAACUAAAAGUGAAAAUCAUUUAAUAUUAAUAAUUCACUAUUUAAUCCUAUGUAAAUAAAAUAAAUUUUUUAUAUGUUUAAUA